AGUUCACUGGGUGCCAUGGAGAGACGAGAUUACGAGAAGGAGACCAUGGCACCGUCAAGGGAGAGGUCUUUACGGGCUCGUUGCUGGGGAGAGAACUAUCAGAGGCGUCAGAUCUCGCAGAUGGUUGAAGAAGUUCAGAGGCUGCAGGCGAGCAUCACCAAACUCCAAGAGACUUCUUCGGGUCAAAUCGCGAGGCUGGAUGAACAGCUGGACCACAAACGACAGCACAUCGCUCGUCUCGAGGCACGUCUCGAUGCUCAGAGGGACUACGAUGACGUCAAGAGGGAGCUCAGCAUACUACGCAGUAUCGAGUUCCCGUCUAUUGGUCCAGGAGUAGGAGGUCCUUCGGGAGAAACCAGCAAAUCUCUGGAGAUGCUGCUCCUGGAGAGGACAAAAGUUCUGCAGCAAGCAGAGAACGUCGCUCUUAAAGCUGCAGUUGAUCUCCAAGGUAACUCCAGUACAACCACGACCCCAACUACGACGUCACAUAAUCUGGUGCACGACUCCGCUCACCAACCUCCUCCAGCGUCCCAUCCUGCUCAUCUUCCGCUAUCAAACCACUCCCUGGAGCAUUCCUCGACAGUACCACCGCCGCCCCCACCGCCUCCUCCACCCCCACCACCGCCACCUUCCGUCCCUCCAUCGGCAAUGCUUUUCCCACCCCCACUACAAAACGUGGAGACUUUCGGAUCUUUCCUUGGCGAAGAGAUCGUUGCCAAUUGGCGACGGUCUCUGGAAAGGACAAUUCUGAGUCAGAGCCACGCGGCGGCCAUAUCUUCCGCUCAGCACCAGCAGCAACAACAACUAAGUAUGCACUCGCCAACAGAUGCCCAUCAGUCGUCUCCAGCAACCCCUAACUCCACCCACCAGCCACCGCCGUCUGCAGACAUCAUCAAGCCUGAAGGUUCGACAUCCCCGCACAACUCACCGCCUUCUUCCGCUACCCCGUCGUUCGCUUGUACGUCAUCGCCCACGUCACUGUCGUUAGUGAACACGACGACUGCAGUAUCGUCCCCGUCAGCGAUCACCACGACAACGACGACGUUAUCUUCAGUAGGCGACAAUGGCGUCGCUCUCCAUCACCACCUCAUGAACGGGAACCCGAAGACACCUCCCGAGGAUGCGUCUUCCUCAAUAUCGGCCGCCAGUGCGUUGUGUAACAGCACCAGCCACUUACUGUCCAGUGUGAGUUCUAGUAACAAUAAUGUGAUCCCACCGCCCCCGACUAGCACCCCAGUUAGCGUGGCCGCAGGACUCAGUUUCCUUAGAAACGACGAUAGUAUGAAAAGUCCUUUUAGGUUCGACGAUCCUCGAAGUCCUUUUCGUUUCUCGGAAGACGGUGGACCAAUGACUCCGGGUGGUGUGAUGGUAGGACGAUUAGGCGAGUCGUUGAUCCCGAAAGGAGAUCCAAUGGAAGCGAGAUUGCAGGAGAUGUUGAGGUACAACAUGGACAAAUACUCGACGCAAAAUCUGGACACACUGCACAUAUCGAGGAGGGUACGCGAACUCUUGUCCAUAAAUAACAUUGGCCAGAGAUUGUUCGCGAAAUACGUUCUCGGACUCUCACAAGGCACCGUCUCCGAGUUGUUGUCCAAACCGAAGCCUUGGGACAAGCUGACGGAGAAAGGGCGAGACAGCUACCGGAAGAUGCACGCGUGGGCGUGCGACGAGAACGCGGUCCUACUCCUCAAGUCACUGAUCCCGAAGAAAGGAAAAGACACGGGUAUUCCAGCUUUCGCCCGAGGCGAUGGCGACAACAUGACAGAAGAGAGGAUAGCACACAUCCUGAACGAAGCCAGUCAUAUGAUGAAGACUCAGGUGGAGGACAGCCACAGUAAUGACAGCAAAUCUCCGCACCAAGGACAGUGCCCUUCACCCUUGGGUAAGGAUAAUUCUCAGAACCGGCGACUGAAGAAGUACGAAAAUGAUGAUAUCCCCCAGGAGAAGGUAGUACGAAUCUAUCAGGAAGAGCUUGCCAAGCUGAUGGGUCGCCGCAUGGAAGAUUCCAUGAGGGGGCCUCGCGAACACUUCCCAAGCCUGCUUUUCCCACAUUUCUUCAGUGCCGGUGGCGGCGGGCCUAUGGAUCGAACCCAGGACGAAAUAAGAAUGGCUCUAGACGCUUACCAUCGGGAGUUGGCCAAACUCAACUCCGUAUCCUCCUGUCCCACUGUCGGCAGUGCAGCAGGACUUCCAGGUCUUCCAGGUCUUCUGGCUCUGCAGCAGCAGGCUCUGAGUCAACAACAGCAUCAACAUGCACAACUCAACGGGGUCGCUCAGGACCUGUCACUGCCUAAAGACCGCAAGGAUGCUGGAAAGCUGCCUAACGGGGGUGGAAAUGAACUCUUGAUGGAGGGGGUUGAUUGCAAGAAGGAGUCUAGCAUGAUGGAGUCCGUCGCCGAUGUCCUAAGGCACGCCGGUAGCGCGUUCUCUCUUGUCAGGCCAAAGACCGAGCCAGGGGUGGUCCCAGGGAGUGGAUCCCAGCAGCAGACGACAGGCAGCAGUGCGAGCAGCCCACUGAGUAACUCCAUCCUGCCCCCCGCGAUGACGCCAGGCGACGACUUUUCCAGCGGAGCCGCCGCUGCAAGUCCACUGCAACGCAUGGCGUCCAUUACAAAUUCACUCAUCUCACAACCGAGCACGCCGACACAUCACAGCCCGUCGCAACGCCCACUCAAGGCUGUUCUCCCACCUAUCACACAGCAGCAAUUUGACAUGUUUAACAAUCUGAAUACAGAGGAUAUUGUCAAGAAGGUUAAGGAGUCGCUAAGUCAAUAUUCCAUAAGCCAGCGUUUGUUCGGUGAAUCUGUACUGGGUUUGUCGCAAGGCAGCGUGUCGGAUCUGCUUGCAAGACCGAAGCCGUGGCACAUGCUCACGCAGAAAGGGAGGGAGCCGUUCAUCCGCAUGAAGAUGUUCCUGGAAGACGACAACGCGGUCCACAAACUGGUGGCCAGCCAAUACAAGAUUGCACCCGAGAAGCUGAUGAGGACCGGCAGUUAUGCGGGUGGACCUCCUUGUUCAUCGCUUGGCAAACCACAGCUGCCCUCUUCGAAGCUCUCCGAUGGCGUGUCAAACAAAAUUCUCUCUGGUGACAACCAGGGCUCCAUUCUGCCUCCUUCCCUGCAACUUAUUCCCCCACACCCUCAACAACCACCUUCAGUGCCCCAACCACCCCCUCCUCCCCUGAUGGUCACUCCACCAGGCCAUCACUCCAUAGGAUCUUUAUCGACUUCCGAUCUUAAAAAGUCCCAACAGUCCCAUCAGGCAUCUCACUCUAACCUUCAUCCAUCACACCACCACCAUCAUCAUCAUCAGCAACAGUCAUCGGCUCUGCGCGCGUUGCAGCAGCAUAUGACGCCCAGUGUUUAUGAGAUGGCGGCACUGACACAGGACCUCGAUACGCAGGUCAUCACGACGAAGAUCAAGGAAGCUCUUCUUGCCAACAAUAUUGGACAGAAAAUCUUCGGAGAGGCAGUGCUGGGUCUUUCACAGGGUUCUGUGAGCGAGCUGUUGUCGAAGCCAAAGCCAUGGCACAUGCUGAGCAUCAAGGGACGUGAACCUUUCAUUCGUAUGCAGCUCUGGCUGAGUGACGCGCACAAUGUCGAUCGACUGCAGGCACUCAAGAAUGAGCGGCGCGAGGCAAACAAGAGGCGCCGCAGCAGCGGUCAUGGCGGCGGUCUCGGCGGCGGCGGCGGCGGCGGAGCUGACAACAGCAGCGACACAUCUUCCAACGACACUUCAGAAUUCUACCACAGCCCGAGCCCCGGGCCCGGACCUCCUUCUGCCAAGAAACAGCGAGUCCUCUUCUCUGAAGAGCAGAAGGAGGCUCUUCGGCUUGCGUUUGCUUUGGACUCCUAUCCUAAUGUGGCUACCAUUGAAUUUCUCAGUUCUGAACUGGCACUCUCUUCACGUACCAUCACCAACUGGUUCCACAACCAUCGGAUGCGACUGAAACAGCAGGUGCCUCAUGGUCUGGCACCAGAAGGCGCUGCGAUAUUGCCACCGCCACGUACCAAUGAUCCUUCCAAUGGUGGACAGCAAUCUUUUGACCCUGUUCAGUUCCGUCUCCUUCUCAACCAGCGCUUGUUAGAACUACAGAAAGAGCGCAUGGGUCUCGGUUCCGUCCCUCUUCCCUACCCUCCUUAUUUUGCUGCAAACGCAAACUUAGCUGCACUGAUCGGUAGAGGCCUACUUCCAACAGCUGAAUGUGACCCUAAGGAGCAGUUCAGUGGGCUUGACCUAAGCAUGGGGGGGCUGAAGCGAGAGCCUGCGGAUUAUGAAGACGAGGAGGAUGCUGACAGCAACAUGGGUAGCGAAGAUUCUAAUCUCUCGGCAUCGAGCCUGCGGGAGACUCCGGCCUCAGCCACGGUGAAGAAGGAAACGUCGGUGGUUCCUGCCGCAACAGGACGGUCGUCGAGGCGCAAACCAGCCGCGCCUCAGUGGGUUAAUCCUGAAUGGCAGGAGGCUGUCGCGACAGAAACUGGGAAAGACAAACCUGCUGGUAGCAGAGGUGACAAGGAGGUGAUUAUCAAUGGCGUGUGCGUGAUGCAGGCAACGGCUGCGGAUGACUACGGCAUGAAGCUGAGUGCCACGGAUGAGGAAACGGUCCACGUGGAGCCAACGCCAGUUCUCGAUCCUUAUGAUGAUCGAUGCAGUGACGCUUCGUCAGAUGCUGUUCCUGUCGAGGACCGACGGACACAGCCCGCGUCAACUGAACGUGAUGAAGACAGAGGAAGUGCUAAGUCAGAACCUUCAUCUCCUCAGGAGGAAGAAGAAGAAAGAUUGGAGGAAGGAGAAGACGCUGAGGAGGAAGGAGAUGGUGAGGUGACAGAAGUGGAAGGGUCUGUAGAAGUGAGACAUAAGUUUAUUAAACAGGAGGAUGAGGAUGAAGAGGGGAGAGGAUCCCCUGUUGAGGAGGAAAGGAAGGAAGGGGAAUGGGACAUGGCAAGUGGGAAGAGGCCACCGCCGGAAAGAGACGCUGUGAUUGACAAGAGAAUUAAGACGGAGGACAGGGAGGAGAGGUGGGAAUAUUAACAGUUUCCCACCUGCCGUGAACUAAACGCUUGGUUCCAAGACUGACGUACUAUAGCCGCGGAUUCUGUCUGCUGUAUUCAAUAAAGCUGAGUAGAACCAUCGCGCACGUUAUGUGAAAAACAGAAUGAUGUUGCUCUAGAGGGACCACGUAACUGAAUCAGAAUUUUUGCUGCUCUAAUCUGUUUGUGGGCUGCUAAGAUUAUUCUAAAAUGUUUCCAGGCUUACGAGAAGCCACGUAUCAGAUAAUGUUCAAAUGUUCUUUAUGUUUACCAAGUUUCAAAUUUUAUCACCAGGUGAGAAGGACAACGAAUCUCCGCGAACUGUCGUUUGAGAAACGGAGGGAGACGGAGACGGCGCCCGCUCGAGUCUCCCUGAAAAAGUGCAAUCAUCAAAGUUGAUACAUCAUAGUUGUGUUAAUUAUUGUGAUUUUUAAUGUUUCUGUUUGUCAUUGCUUAACGGACUUAGUACGAGUGAUGUUAUUUCAUCUAUUUAAGAUUUUUUCGAUUUUUGAUUCUUAAUUACGUAAGAGUACAAAUUUGUGACUCUUAUUAAUAAAUUAAUGACAUAGUUAAAAAAAAAAAGACUGUUACCAUGUUACGCUAUUACUACUAGCCAAAAAUUAAUUAAUUAUAACGACGGCCAUUUGCCAAGCAAAUUUUUUAAAUGUGAUACAGAGCUUACGAGUAUGAGAAUGUACUUUCGCUUAUCAAACCUCAUCGUACGUGUGAUUUGGAUCAAUUCAUCCAGAAAUUUUUUUAAAAGGAAACGCGCUAGCCUUUGAAAUCACACUUUAUUUCACAGAACGCUUCUCGUUUCAACGUAAAAUAUGUCAUUCAGUUAUUUUAUUUUCUGUACAUGCAAAUUUACACAAAAUGGGAAAUACUUUUGUAAAUAGAGGGCAGAUCAAGCAACCGUUCAUCCGCCUAUGCCGAUUAACCCUCGACGUACAUGACAGUAUUGGUCACAAAGAGAGACCAGCUUCGUAAGAAGUAUUGUCGUGAAAUAUAUUACGUAUUAGCAUUAAAUAUAUCCAGAUCGCAGUCGAGCUUCCCCGAGAUUCAGUGAAAUUGUAUCCUGGCUUAUAUUAAGUUUGUUUACGUGGUUUACAGACCCUCGAUCUGUAAUAAAAUAAAUAUAUUUUCUUGAUCGCAAUUUUUUCAAUGAAUAGUUAGUUCCAUGUUUGUUGUUGGUAUUACGUUAACGAAACAAAAUUUUUCCAUUUUGGCAUUAUCAGGUAUUAUUAGUCGUGUAUUAUAAAGAAAUUUUGUUGUCGUUAAAUGAUCUCUCUUUCCUUUUUAGACUUGUCGCAGUCGCUUUCUUUUUCUUCUAAAUCCUGCUAGUCUUCUUGAAGAAAUUGUCUAGUCGAUACUCACCAGUAAACUCUCCAAGUAGGGCAUAACUCAUGUUCUGGUUGCGUUAAUAUUGUUUUGUGACAUUAUUUGCCAGUUCUUCUUGUAACGGAGAACUUGGGAGACGGAGUGACGUGGAUACAGCGAGAGCGAUGCGCGGCACCCAUAGCCAAUUAUACAUGCAGUAUUUGCGAUCUCAUAUUACCAAAUCAAUCCUCAGUUUUGUUUUUUUUUCCAUAUUAUUUUUUCUUUUUCCCCCCCCAAAAAAAAUCAUCCAAAUGUAUUUGUAAGCAUAUUUAUGGAUUUUGCUACGAUGUGUGUACUAUUUUGUCCAUAACUUGGAUGGUCUGGCCUAUUAUGUAGAAUUCCAGAGAUAGUCUUUGUUCUCAGAUGGUAGUUUUUUUUUUAUUAUAAUUUUUAUUUAUUAUUUGUACAUGCCCGAGGCAUAAGACGGACGACGUUGACCGGGACGCGGAUAGAACAUCCGGUGACCGGUUGAUGUUUUUGAACUUUUUAAAACUAUAAGCUGUGUUAAUCAUAAAAUUUAACCCAGUCGUAAAAAAAGAAAAAAAAAAAAGGAAACUAAAAUCUUUGUCCCUGUACAUGUAUAAAACCAUAUCUACACAAUAUUCAGAGAAUUAGAUACGAUGUAGCUACCGAAACAUAAUCAGGUUCAGUAUGAUUCAACCUCCCUCCCACAGGAUAUUUUAAAACAAUUUUGUCUCCUUGCCCCAUAAAACAUUCUAAUUCUAUUAUUCAUUGAUGUUAUUUAAGUUUCAUGAAAAAUGUUUAAUUAAUUUUUAUAUUGUAUGGAUUAUGGAUUGUGGAUAGUAGCAUGCACGACUUAGGAAAAAAAAAUCUUCUCGCAUCAUCCAAUUGUUCUUUCAUAUUAAUAAGUAUAUAAAGUGUACAUUACUAAUCAGUACUGCGGACUGUACAGCAAAGCACCGUUUCUAGAAACAAGUUUUGGAUGUGUAUGUAUAUCUUACAUUUUUUUUCCCCCCUUCAUACCGAGAGUCACGUGAAUGUGCCCCCUCGUAAUCCCUCUCCACCCACAAACUCCGUUGUACAUACUUUACAGGAGUUGGGCUGUUAAAUGUGACGUUGCUUGAGGAACGCAAACUAGACGGAACAGUUGUUUCGACCGAGUGCAUUGUGUGAGUGGCUACACGGCACGUAAGGAAGACUGCAUCGUGGCUGAAACGUAAACAAGAUGGAUAUAAGAGAAAAUAAUAAAUUUAUUGAGACUCUUUUAAAGAGUGCUGAAAGAAUAGUUUGCACAUUACAAAAAAAAGUGCCCAAAACUAAAUAUAUCAGUUUUUCAUUUAAUAAUUCAUUAUUGCUUAGCAUCAUAUGUACAUAUUUAUAUUCAUAUCAUUGUGUCCUUUUAAAAUUUCUAAUAUUAAAAAAUUUCUCUGUAUUUAUUCAAGUAUGUGAUUAUUUCCGUAAAUCGUGCAAAUAGAUGAGAUACUUGAACAUAACAA